AUGAAGCUGCACAACUACUUUCGAAGCUCCACCUCCUACCGGGUGCGCAUCGCGCUGGCACUGAAGGGCUUGGCCUACGACUACGUCGCCUACCAUCUGCGCAAGGGCGAGCAGCGCGGGGCGGCCUACUUGGCGCUCAACCCCCAGGGUUUGGUGCCGACCCUGGAGACCGACGGCGGCGCGCUGCUGCCCCAGUCCCUGGCGAUCGUCGAGUAUCUGGACGAACUGCAGCCCGAUCCGCCGCUGCUGCCAGCGACGCCGCUGGAGCGGGCGCGGGUGCGCAGCCUCGCCUAUGCCGUCGCCUGCGACAUCCAUCCCGUGAACAACCUGCGCGUCCUGCAGUAUCUGGUCGCCCCGCUGGGCCAUGAUGCCGCCGUCCAGGGCGAGUGGUUCCGGCACUGGGUGGCGGUGGAGUUCGCGGCGCUGGAGAAGCGUCUCUCGGAGGAACCCGAGACCGGACGCUUCUGUCAUGGCGACCGCCCAGGCCUUGCCGACAUCUGCCUGGUGCCCCAGGUUAUCAACGGGAACCGUUUCGACUGCGACAUGACGCCCUAUCCGACCAUCCGGCGUAUUCACGAGGCCUGCAUGGCGGUCCCGGCUUUUGCCGAAGCGGCGCCCGAACGCCAGCCGGACGCGGAGACCUGUGACAAGCAGGUCAUCGCGCACCUCAACAAGGUGCUGAAGAACGAACUGACUGCGAUCAAUCAGUACUUCCUGCACUCGCGGAUGUUGAAGGACUGGGGCGUCACCCGGCUGGCCGAGCACGAGUACGAAGAAUCCAUCGACGAGAUGAAGCACGCCGACAAGCUGAUCGAGCGCAUCCUGUUUCUCGAAGGGCUGCCGAACCUUCAGGAUCUGAACAAACUGAUGAUUGGCGAGAACGUCAAAGAGAUCCUGCAGUGCGACCUGAAGCUGGAAGAGUACGCCAUUCCGGACCUGCGUGAGGCGAUUGCCCACUGCGAAAGCGUCAGCGACUAUGUGUCGCGCGAGAUCUUCGUCGACAUCCUCGAAUCUGAGGAAGAGCACGUCGACUGGCUGGAGACCAAUCUGGGCCUUAUCGAGAAGAUGGGCCUGGAGAACUUCGUCCAGCACCAAAGCGGCCACGCUGACGCGGCGCCUACUUCGCCACUGACCCUUGAAGCCUCCGGCCAUGGCCUCGUCCCCUGGUUGCGCCAGAGGAACAUCGCGAAGGCGCUACUCCGCCGCUACCCGGGCGGCGGUAUGCACUUCGUCGACGAUUUCCUGGGCGCAGGGGAUGCAGGUGCCGCAGCAGGGGCCGUUGCCGAGCGCGGCAUAGGCCUCGUGGGCGCAGCGGACGCCGCUUUCCGCAAUUUCGCGGAUCUCGGCAUCGCGGUAACCGUUGCAUAUGCAGACGUACAUAAGCUCCUCCGACGCCUGAGUAUCGUGCGAAUGAUAAUGAUUGUCAAUCGCGUUGAUGAGAGUAAUCGCGAUCACUGGCGGCGUGACGAACGCUCGGACAAUCAAAUCGGGCAAUCAAAGCAGAAAGGGGAAACACAGAUGAGACUCUCCGGAACACUGGCGGCGGCAGGCCUGGCGCUGAUGCCGGCUGUCGCUCUGGCGGACGGCCAUGCAGGUGCAAAGGUGGCGGUGCUGGAAACCUAUGCGGAUAUCGCCCACGCAGGUUACGAGGAUUCGCUGAUCACCGCGCGGGACCUCCAAAAAGCGGUGGACGCUUUGAUCGCCAAUCCAACCGAGGGCAGCCUGGCCGCGGCGCGCGACGCCUGGAUCGCCGCCCGGGUGCCCUACCAGCAGACCGAGGUUUUCCGCUUCGGCAACGCAGUGGUCGACGACUGGGAGGGCAAGGUGAACGCCUGGCCGCUCGACGAGGGCCUGAUCGACUACGUGGACGGCGGUUUCUAUGGCACCGAGUCCGACGAGAACCCGAUCUUCACGGCCAACGUCAUCGCCAACAAGACCCUCAAGGUGAACGGCGAGUCCGUCGAUGCGUCGGUCAUCACCAAGACCUUGAUCGCAGACGUGCUGCACGAGGCCGAGGAGGUGGAGGCCAAUGUGGGAACCGGCUAUCACGCCAUCGAGUUCCUGCUCUGGGGUCAGGAUCUGAACGGCUCCGGCCCCGGCGCCGGCAACCGUCCGGCCAGCGACUUCAGCACCGCAAACUGCACCAACGGCAACUGCGACCGCCGCGCGGCCUACCUGAAGGUCGCGACCGACCUGCUGAUCGACGACCUGGAGGAGAUGGUGGCGCUUUGGGAUGAGAACGGCCCCGCUCGCAAAGGCCUUGUGAGCGGCAACCCCGAGGCCGGGAUCACCACCAUGCUCACCGGCAUGGGCUCGCUCUCCUAUGGCGAACUGGCGGGCGAGCGCAUCAAGCUGGGCCUUAUGCUGCACGACCCGGAAGAGGAGCAUGAUUGCUUCAGCGACAACACGCAUUACUCCCACUUCUACAACCAGAUCGGCAUCACCAACGUCUAUCUCGGCACCUACAAGCGGGUCGACGGCAGCGUGGUGAGCGGCCCCAGCCUGUCGGACCUGGUGGCGGGCAAGGACUCUGCCGUCGAUACGGAGAUGAAGGAAAAGCUGGGGGCCGCCCGCACGGCCAUGCAGGCCAUGGUGGACCGCGCCAAGACCGUCGAAGCCUAUGACCAGAUGAUCGGCGAGGGCAACGCCGAGGGCAACGCGGUCAUCGAGACCGUGGUGCAGUCGCUGACCACCCAGACCAAAUCGAUCGAGCGGGCGGUUGCCACGCUCGGCCUGGGACAGAUCGCUUUCGAGGGCUCCGACAGUCUCGACGAUCCGCAGGAGGCGGCGCGUAUUGCGGAUGUCAUCCGACCGACUGCGGAUUUCACCCGCGCCGAGCCUUUCGAGGCGCUGCCCGCGGGGGCGGCCACUUCGAAGAAGCGAAGUCUCGACACCAAUUCCUUCUCACAGCAUUCCGGAAACAUGGACUUCGAGCGGCAGCUCGAUUUCAAGCUCGGCAACGCGCUCUUCAAGCGACUCUGGGUCUCUUCGCCGGCCUCCACGGACUCGGCCGACGGUCUGGGACCGUUGUUCAACGCCCGCUCCUGCCAGCGCUGCCACCUGAAGGACGGGCGCGGGCACCCGCCGGUGGCGAACUGGCCGGAUGACUCGGCUGUUUCCAUGUUUCUGCGCCUCAGCAUUCCGCCUGAGACCGAAGAACAGCGUGCGGAUCUGGCUGCCAACCGCCGCAACGUCAUCCCGGAGCCGACUUACGGUGGCCAGCUUCAGGACCUCGCCAUCCAGGGCCACGCCGCCGAAGGCAAGAUGCACAUCGUCUACGAGGAAGAGCCGGUGACGCUGGCCGAUGGAGAGGUCGUGAGCCUGCGGAGGCCGACCUACAGCAUCACCAACCUGGGCUACGGGCCGCUGCAUCCCGAGGUGAUGAUGUCGCCCCGGGUGGCCCCGCCGAUGAUCGGGCUCGGCCUGCUCGAGUCGAUUGCCGAAGAGGACAUCCUCUCCUGGGCCGACCCGGACGACGCCGACGGCGACGGCAUCUCCGGCCGCGCCAACCGUGUCUGGGACAAGGAGGCCGGCGCGGUUGCCCUCGGGCGCUUCGGCUGGAAGGCGGGCGAGCCCACGAUGCUGCAGCAAAGCACCCAUGCCAUCAACGGCGACAUCGGGAUUUCCGCGCCUUUGGCGCCGGCACCGGCCGGCGACUGCACGGCGGCGCAGAACCUUUGCCUGGACGCGCCGCAUGGAGCCUCUGCCCGGCACGAGGGCUUCGAAGCGUCCAGCGAGAUGCUGCGCCUCAUCACGUUCUACAGCCAGAACCUGGCGGUGCCGGCACGCCGCAACCCCGAAGAUCCCCAGGUCCUGGCUGGUAAGAAGGUCUUCUACGAGAGCGGCUGCAUCGAUUGUCACCGCCCGAAGUACGUGACCCAGCGCGAGGCGGUCGGGCGGGAGCAGUCGUUCCAGCUGAUCUGGCCCUACACCGACCUGCUGCUGCACGACAUGGGCGAGGGCCUGGCCGACAACCGGCCGGAAGGGCUUGCCAACGGGCGGGAGUGGCGCACGCCGCCGCUCUGGGGUAUCGGGCUCACAGAAACGGUAAACGGCCACACGCAGUUCCUGCACGACGGCCGGGCGCGCAGCCUGCUGGAGGCGAUUCUCUGGCACGGCGGUGAGGCUCAGGCGGCGCGGGACCGGGUGGUGGCGCUCGGCACGUCGGAGCGCGAGGCACUGUCGGCUUUAGCAACAGUGGGGUUGGCGGUCUCGUUCACGGCCCCGGCUGCUGCCGACGACUUUGCCGCGCUGAACGAGGUUGUCGUCGCCGACUAUCUGCUGCCGCGCUACGAAGCCCUGGCCGACGCAGGCAGUGCCCUGGACGCGGCCCUGCGGCAAGGCUGCGGUGCGGGAACCCUCGGGGCUGAUGCCAGCAUCGCCGCCUAUCACGAGAUGGCGGAUGCCUGGAUGGCGGUUCAGCAUCUGCGCCUGGGGCCCAGCGAGUUGUUUCUGCGCGCCGACCGCAUACAGUUCUGGCCCGACAAGCGCGGCAUUACCGGCCGCCAUCUCAGCAGACUCGUGACCGAGGCCGAUCCGGCCGCGCUGGAGCCGCAGCGCUUCGCCCAGGGCUCGGUUGCGGUGCAGGGCCUGCCGGCGCUCGAGCGCCUGUUCUUCGCGCCGCCGGAAGGUGCCGAUCCCGCCUUCGCCUGCGACGUGGCGGUCGCCAUCGGGGCCAAUCUCAAGAGCAUCGCCGGGGGAAUGCUGGACGACUGGCGCGAGGGACCGACGCCCUAUGCAGCUGUGAUCAGGAGCGCGGCCGAGGGCAAUGCCGCCUACAUGGACGCCAAGGAGGCGAGCCUGCAGUUCGCCAAGGCGCUGCGUGCGGCUCUGGUGGCAACGACGGACCUCAAGCUCGACCGUCCGCUCAGCACAAGCGCCAAGGCUGUAAAGCCGCGGCGCGCGGAAUCCUGGCGCAGCGCGCGUUCGCUGCGCAACAUCAGGAUCAACAUCGAAAGCGCCGAAGCCCUCUACAGGGAUGGCGGGCAGGCCGGCUUUGCUGCGCUUCUGCGCCGGCAAGCCGGCGGCGAAGAGGUCGACAAGAACAUCGCGACCGCCUUUGCCCAGGCCCGCGCCCGGCUUGACGCCUUGCCGGACUCGCUGCAGGCGGCCCUGGAUCAGCCCGAGGGCUGGCAACAUCUCGAUGACCUGCGCAGUCACCUGCGCGAUCUUCUCGCGCUGCUGAGCGGGCCCUUCUCGCAGACCCUGGACCUGCCGGUGCGCGUCUUCGUCAGCGCCUGCGGCGAUGCGGCCGGGCGCUUUUCGGUCAAGGCGGUCGCUGCGGACGGCCGCCUGCUUUCCGACCUUCAGUUGCCCGGGCGCGGCCAUGCCGCCGCGCGGCGGCCCGGACGCGACGAGGUUGUCGUUCUGGCGCGGCGCCCCGGGCGCUUUGCGCUGGUCAUCGAUCCCUUCGCCGGCGGCAUCGUCCGGCAGAUCGAAGCGGCCCCCGGGCGGCACUUCUAUGGCCAUGCCGUCUUCAGCCCGGACGGCCGCCGGCUGUUCGCGACCGAGAACGCCUACGCCGAAGGCCAGGGGGUAAUCGGGGUGUACGAUGCCGCCGCGGGCUACCGCCGCGAGGACGAACUGCCCUCCCACGGCGUCGGCCCCCAUGAACUGGCGCUGCUGUCGGACGGGCGGCGUCUGGUGGUUGCCAACGGCGGGAUCAGAACCCACCCCAACAGCGGGCGGCGCAAGCUGAACCUGGAAAGCAUGCAUCCGAACCUCGCCUACGUCGAUGCCGGAAGCGGCGCUUUGCUGCAACGCCUGACGCUGCCCGGCGAUCUGCACCGGCUGUCGAUCCGCCACAUGGCCGUGACCGCCGAGGACCAGGUGUGCCUGGCGCUGCAAAACGAGGGGCCGCGCGACCGCCUGGUGCCGCUGGUCGGCCUGCAGCGGGACAGCGCCCCGAUCACUCUGGCGAAGGGGCCCGAGGGCGUUCUGCGGCGCAUGCGCCACUAUGCCGGCGGCGCGGCGCUGGAUGAUGAGGGCGGCGUGCUCGCCGUCUCCGCCCCGCGGGGCGGCCUGAUCACCUUCUGGUCGUCGCAGGAGGGGGGCUUCCUCGGCAGCCUUGAGGUGCCGGACGGCUGCGGCCUCGCCGCAGCGGGCGGUGCCGGUCGCUUUGCCGUCUCAAGCGGCGCAGGGCGCUUGUUGAUCUACGAUGCGGUCAGCCGGCGGUCCGAGACCCUGCGGGACGACCGGCGCCAUGGGCUGGCCUGGGACAACCAUCUGCUGGCGUGCUGA